CCACACUGAUGCAAAACCUGCUAGUGUUUACAUGUCUGGAUUCAACUCUGUGUUAAAGCUGUGCUUGAAAGAACACUUUUUUUUUGGCAGAGAUGUACAACAACAGCUACAACCGGCCCAAGGUCGCUCUGGAGAAGAAGGUCAUUCACAAGUCCAAAGGAAAAAGCUGCGGCUAUUAUCUGCGGAUUGUGUUUUUCUUCUCGUCACUCAUUCAGUCGCUCAUCAUUGUCAGCCUGGUGCUCUUCUUGGUUUACGGGCAGCCUGAGAAGUCUGCUGAGGAGAAGAGGGCAGAGGAGCUUCAGGAGGGCUACAACAGGCUGUCCAAGGACAACGCCAACCUAAGGAAGGACAAAGUCAACCUCACCAGCUUGCUUAAGACAAAGACAGCCGAGAAGACCAUGGCUGACAAACAGCUGGCUAAGCUCACAACUGAGUUGGAGGCAGCCAAAUCGAAUAAUACAAAACUUGUGAAUGCCCUGUCUAUCUGUAAUGCAAAUAAACCAAUGAUAAGUCGCCUUGCUCCAGCCCCAUGCCCUGCAGUCACCACGUCCAGUAAUGCUCACCUUAAAAGUCUACAGACUGUCUUGGACCACCAGAGAGUUCUGUACAUGCUUCUCCAGAACAAUUUCACUCAAACAGUGCAAACCCUUAAGCACGACUUAGAGCGUGUGGCCAGUGAGAAAAGCAGGUACGAGAUGGAAGCGACACAGCUGAAGCAAGAAAAAGGAGACCUGACCAGCGAACUUCAGCUUUUCAGGAAAAAGUGCAAGGAAGACUUUGUGUCAUCUCUGCAGGGCAUUCAGACGGUGUCCACCGCCUUCCUGGCCAAAAUCGACAAUCUCUUCCCCGACAGCUACACUUUCCUCCUCACGUGUGACAAGCAGCAGGAACAGAUGCAGAAGAUCCAAGACAACUGCACCAACCUGUCCCGGCAGGUGGAGAGCAAGUUCCAGAGCUACCUGAACAUAGUUGGCGACAAGGUCUCCACCCUCCAGGGCCAGAGCAGCCGGCUAGAAGUGCAGAACAGACGGCUGACUUCGGAUAUGCAGCAGUGCAGCCAGAGCCGCACCCAAGAAACCGCACAGUGCAAGAAGUUGCUAGCAGACGCCCAGGAGACACAAGACAGACUGGUGGAGCCUCUGCUGCAGGCCCAGAAACAACUGAUGCAAGAAAAGCAAAUGUUACAGACCAUGUGUGCUCCAAAGCCAAUGCUGCCCUCAAUGCCAAGACCCUCUGGACUGAACUCACAUGGACCAUAGAAGGUCCGUUGAGCACCAGUCACCUCCAGCCUCUCAGCUAAUCUCAGAGAAGCUCAGAAGAGUGUGGGAUUUUAAUUGUUUGGACUUCAACAUGGCUUGAAGAAAAAUGAACUGAACAUUUUACUGAAUUUUAGCCUGGGAUCAUUUGUGAUACUGUGACAGAAAUAACAUAUCAGUUGUACAUAUAAUAGAAUGAAAUGUUGGUUUAUUGUUAUGUAUAUAUAUAUAUAUAUAUAUUGAACAUUUUGGUAACAAUAUAUGGAAAAAAAACACAGCUGGUCAUUAUUGAAGCAGGUGACUGAUUUCAUUUUACACGAAUAUAAAUAAAAAAAAAAGGGAAGACAUGAACUGAAUAAAUAACUGUACUAAAUUUUAUUUCAGACAAAAGGCUUUUUUCUACCUACUACAAGAGCUUCUUCUAUCUAUUCUUUUUUUUUUUUUACUAGUCUCUGUGAGAAAUAGAAAACGUGUCUAAAUCGGUCCAAAAUACUGGACUGAGAUUUGUAAAAUAAGGUUUUACUGCAGCCGUUCUUACUGAAUAAAUCCAUACUUGUACAUUUGUAAACAAUGCAAACUUAAGUUACGUUUUAAGUUACUUUACAGGUUUUGUAACUGGCUUUGGAAAAGUAGACGUGUUCUACUGAGUGAAUUUUCCUCAUAUUCAUAUAUUUAAAAUUGUGUUUCAUUGUAUUUGUUUUUGUACAUUUAUAAUGAAAGUUGACUAAUGUAUAUAUUUGUUUCAGAAUAAAGAAUGUGAACAGUG